AUGCCGACGACUUCAACCCUCACCUACACUAUCGUUCAACAACCACAACCUCGCCAACUCUAUCACUUUCACCCGACAUUCUUUGGGCUCAAACAAGAGCAGCCUGUAUUGUCAUCGCCGCCGCAGUACCUCUUGCGUCUACCACAAGAGCUGCUCGAUGAGAUACUGUCUGAGUUGGAUCAUGUGGACCUCGUGGCCGUCGCCCUCGUUUCACGGGCGUGCAGCGCUUUGGUGAUUCCCAGACAUACGGAGUACCGGGUCAUUCGCACGAGGCAUUUGUUGCCUGCGAUGUGGGCCCAUUUGGCUAGGCGGGCUGAUCUUGCGAGGAAUAUUCGGGAGGUCCACAUCGCUGAGCGAAGCAAUCGGACAACAUCGGAUCGGAUUCCACGGACGCUGUUGUUGGCAGAGGGCAAGGGGAAUCUUAGCGGCAAGGAUUUGGUGGAGGCGAAUCGAGUGCGGAAUAUAUGUGCUGCGCUGGGCCACAUGCAAAAUCUCCACACUUUCACAUGGAGCUGGGAGGUCAGCCCGCCUGCAGCACCGACGGUCGAACCAGGCAUGGAGAAUGCUGUCCUGAAUGUGCUUUUAACAAAAACCCCGCUUCGCCGACUGGGGCUGGCUGGCUUGUUUGGCUUGCAUGCACCAACAAGAAUGGCCGACCCGGAAAGUCUGGGCUACCCGCUAUGGAGGUUUGGGGGACUACGGAGUCUCGCAUUACGGGGUCAGGCUUGGAUAAGACCAGCCAACGCGAUGCAUGUGAAACGAAUGCUAUCACAAUCAUUGGAUCUGGAGGCGAGCAUGACAUACCUCGAACUACCGAUGGAACUAGCAGCAACACUUGCUGAGCUCAAAUUUCCUUCUCUUACACACCUCAAUCUUUUCCUCGACUCUGGCGCAGUCCGUACGCUAGACACACACGUUGUCCGAUUCCUUGCUGCCCAUCCCCACCUCACACAUCUCUCAUGGACACCGUUGGGGCAAGUCUACCUCUCCCCAACAGCACUUCCGUCUCUUCGUGCUUUGCAGUCGACUGUUUCUGUGAUCUCAAUGCUCGAUGGAUGUUCUCAUCUCGAGUCGCUUGAUAUAUAUCAACUUGAUCCUGCUACCCUAAUCGAACUUGCUGAAGCUGGAUUAAAUGGCGAGGCAGUCAGGCAGGUUCGUCUGCACUCAUUUGGGGACAUCGAGGAACUCCGUCAACUGGCGACACUUUUUCCAAAUAUUUCCUGGCUGUCGCUGCCGUCGCGAUAUACCAAUUUCUCGUUGGAUGAUUGGCUUGACCUUCUUCCGCGUUUCACAAAGCUCGAGGUAUUUCGUGGUCAGGGACUUUGGGCCGCCGUCACCCUCGAUAUGACCAAAAUGCAUGGCGUAAUCCUGCGUUUGGUCCAACUGUGUCCACAGUUGAGGGAGCUCGACCACUGCAGCCACAACCAGACACGCGGAGACUGGAAUCGAAUUCGCAUCAUUCGAGAAGGAAAAGAAGGCGAGUGCAUACGCUAUGUGGUCGAGCGACCACCUGCGAGACGGUGGUUUGACGCGCUGGAUGGCGCAUUUGACUAG